AUGUACAGGGUGCAGGGACACUGCUGCUUAAUUCUGGACAGAAUCAGAACAGAUAGGACUCUCUCGGACGCAGAAAGAAAAGGCAUUAAUGGAAGUGUAAAACUGGAGACUGGACUUGCCAAUACAAUAACAAGCUUUAUAGACAAAGGACAAGAUGACCGAGCUCCAGCCAUAAGAAAACAAAAAUAUGUUUUUGACAUCAGUGCAUUAGAAAAAGAUGGUUUGUUGGGGGCAGAGCUGCGGAUAUUAAGGAAAAAGCCCUCUGAGACCUGGAAGCCUCAUUCUCCUGGGAAAACUUCCCAAGUGAAAUUGUUCAGUUGCCCCACAAACAGACAAGCAGCAACUCUCCUGGACUCUCGCACUGUCAGCAUUGCAGAUACACCAAAAUGGGAAGUAUUUGACAUUUGGAAACUUUUUAGGAAUUUUAAAAACUCAGCUAACUUGUGUUUCGAACUCGAAGCUUUCGAUAGGGGGAGAGCUAUUGAUCUAAGGAGUAUGGGAUUGAAUAGAACAGGGAGGCAGGUCAAUGAAAAGGCUCUCUUCUUGGUAUUUGGGAGGACAAAAAAAAGGGACCUGUUUUUCAAUGAAAUCAAGGCAAGAUCAGGCCAAGAUGACAAAACUGUUUAUGAAUACUUAUUCAAUCAGCGGAGGAAGAGAAGAGCUCCUUUAGCAACGAGGCAGGGGAAGAGGCCCAACAAGAACCUGAAGGCAAGGUGUAGUAAAAAAGCACUCCAUGUGAAUUUUAAGGAUAUGGGUUGGGAUGACUGGAUAAUAGCCCCUCUGGAAUAUGAAGCUUAUCACUGUGAAGGGCUUUGUGAAUUUCCUCUUCGAUCUCAUUUAGAACCCACCAAUCACGCAGUUAUCCAAACGUUAAUGAACUCAAUGGACCCAGAAUCGACUCCUCCAACUUGCUGUGUUCCAACUAGACUGAGUCCUAUUAGCAUUCUCUUUAUAGACUCGGCAAAUAAUGUGGUCUACAAACAAUAUGAAGACAUGGUAGUGGAGUCGUGUGGUUGUAGGUAGCAGCACAAUCCCUCACAUUAAUACAUUAACAAAGAUAAUUACAAAAAUUGACAAGAACUUCUUCUCAAACAAGAGUAACUAAUCCUCUUAGCUCUAGCACAAGUAUGUUUACAACAAUGGUAAUAAGAAACAAUCUGCUAAAAAUCUCACUGUGUCUGUGUGUCUCUUAGUGGUAGACACAUUUUAGCAGUAGUUCAAUACUGUCACACUCCAAACUUAGCCCAGAAUGGGGCUUUGGGUAAAGAAUUCCAUAAUCACAAGAGAAUUGUUCUCACUAAAGAUCACUUCCAAGGAAAUUAAAAUUCCAUACCACAAAAAGCUCUGCUGUUUUAAUCCCUAAGGAUAUUGUUAAAUGUAAAGUCAAUAAGCAGCAUAUACACCUCUUAAAAUACAUUACUGUUCCUUAAAAUGUUCUUAAGACAAGUCUGAGUCCCACUGCCAAUAUCUUCCCCACCAUGUCCAUUAGGAAAUGUGUGAAGAGAAUACUAAUGUCUGUAAGAGAAAGUAAUGUCCCUAAACACUCAGCAUUUGGUGUAAAUAGUUGCACUGUAAAAUGAACUUUUCCAAUUAGCUCUUAAAAUGAUGUGUAUAUGAAAAAAAUCAUUAAAUAUAAUAUGUUGAUUUAGUAUUCAAUUGUACGUGGAGCUAGAUAAAUGCAGAAGCAUAUUUGUUUCAAUGUAUGUUUUGUUCCAAGCUUCAUUUCUUUCUUAACUAUCCACCCUAUCCACUGGUAUGUUGCAAGUUGUAUUACUCUGUAUAAGGUUCAAGCUGUUCUCAAGUGCUAGUAGUAAAAUUACUCAAUAACAGCAUACAAUGUAAUAAAUUAUUGACACAGUG